AUGUCUUCGUUUCGCGGCCGGCGAGAGGAGACGGAAGGACACCACGCGCGGACCUGGAACCUCGCCGGACUCAACCCAGGCUUCACCGCACAUGACCUCUCAUUUGACCAGCAUUCGCUGUUCACCGUUGAGGACUUCGACCAUGACGUCGACCAGUCCGUAGUUUCGUCCAACGGCUGGGACACCAACAACAACGCUACGUUCGUGUCUCCGCCGACGAGCACCUACUCGCACAGCAACCCCGGCGACUACUCCAACACCACCUGCAACCAGUAUUAUACCACCGAUCCUACGUACAAAUGGGGAUGCGACCAGGCAAUUACCGACUACGACAUCGGCGGAGACGGGCAGUGCUCGCUGACCAUAGAUCCACAGCUGGAUCUGGGGGCUGUUUUCACAGAUGACUUUACAUACUCAGGGUCAGGCCCCUCUGCACCCUCUGUCGACCAGACCAACUACCUCGAUCCCUCCCGAUUUCUUGGCGAGGCGAUGGAUUUUGGCAGUAUCGGGCCUGACCCUGAAACCACUCGCCUGGGACCCCCGAGAAUAACCGUCGAGGAUACAGGAGGAGGCAUGGGGCCCUGGCUGAAUGGCAUGUAUACGCCCGGUUUAGGAACUGCCAACAACAACAUCGCACCGCAGCGAGGCCUGGUGUCGGGGUCGGCGGCGACGCUAGACGCGUCAUCAGCGUUACCACGAUACGAAAAAGCACACGUGCCGAACUUGCGGGAAAGGACCAGGAAACUCAUGCCCGGUAGAUGGUUGCGCAACCGCUACGGGCAGGAGGGACAACUUGAAGAGGCAUGUCCAGAACAAGCAUCCGGAGUUCGACUUCGAUGCCUGGGUGGCUACUUGCUGAUGCGGGCUGGCGGCGGCGUCGAGAUCCCAGCAUGA